UUGAACAUGGCGGAUGGUCAGGUGUGACGAAUAAAAAGAAAGCAAAACAAAAUUGGAAUUAUGGCGCUGGAUGGCGAGGAAAGUACCCCAGUCCCAAAUCUGGCUCUAGAAGCUAUUGUUAAGCCUACACUCCGUGAGUUAGAGCCAUUUUAUGAUAAGGAAGCUGUUGAAAAACUUCGAACAGCUUUUGUCAAGGUUGAGAAUGAAAUACCAGGGAUAACACAACAAAUUGUUGGAGAAAUUUUGAAAUCAGCAUCAUUAUCAGUCAACAUGAAUGAAGUUCUUCUCCACUGUGCUGCUCAAAACAGUGAAGAUUAUACUUUUAAUGCCCAAGGAGAUGAAUUCAAUGCAUUGUUGAAAAAAGCAAAAGACCUCAAGACCAUAUUAGCAAAAAUUCCAGCUGAAAUUGGCAACAGGCAAAAGUUUUUGCAGACUAUAAAGGAUAUUGCAACUGCCAUUAGGGACCUGCUAGAUGCUGUAAAUGAGGUUUUUAAGAAGUGUCAGAAUGUUGGGAAGAUGGUACAAUAUAAAGAGGGUCUAGAGAGGAACAAAAAGGAAUUUGUUAAAUACUCCAAAAACUUUAGUGAUACUCUAAAGCAGUAUUUUAAAGAUCAAAGGUCAGAAGCAGUAUACGUCAGCGCGAACAGACUCAUUAACCAGACAAACCAUAUCUUGAAUAUGUUUAGGUUGGCUACAAGCUCAUAGCUAAAUUUGUAAAAUAUCCUCAGGACUUCCUUUAGUGUUCUUCUGAGUCAAUCCUAACAGGAACGGUACCUGUUUUAAUAUUUAUGUAAACAGGGACUGAUUCUGAUCUACAUAUAUAUAUAUAU